UUAUCAUUCCCAAUGAUGUCAAAUGCGUGGUUGCCCUCUCCAGUAUAAAAGAUUUAUGCGACUUUCCCUAGAUGCACCUGCCUGUAAGGAGUCCUGCUCGUCACGAUGAACGUUCUCCUGGGAAGACUUGUGAUCCUUGCAACCUUUGUGACUUUAUGCAAUGCAUCAUGCUAUUUAAUACCCAAUAAGAUAGUUCCAGGAGAGUCAACCAAGGAUGGGCUCCCGAAGACAGGAGAGAGUAUCCAAUGGUCUGACGCUAUUCUAGAGAUUGGCCUGGUCAUCCCUUCAGCUUUGGCCUUGCAGAUUUGCAAAAAUAGCGGUGACUCUGAGCAUAGGCAGUGGAUUAGAUGUGAGGGGCUCUGGUUUUGUCUCAAUGACAGUAUUGCUAUACCUGUGGGAUAUGACAAAGACAACUGCCAGAAAAUCUUCAAGCAAGAGGACUGCAAGUAUAUUGUGGUGGAGAAGAAGGACCCAAAUAAGACCUGUGAUGUCACCGAAUGGAUAUCGUAAUGUGCUUCUAGUAGGCACAGGGCUCCCAGGCCAGGCCUCAUUCUCCACUGGCCUCUAAUAGUCUAUGAUGGUGUAGCCUUGCCUAUCAGUAAAAGAUUUUUGAGCAAACACUUGAA